AUGGCGGUGGCUGUGACCUUGGUGGGAGCCGUCAACGGGACGGAGCUAGGCUUCGAGGAAGAACUCGCCAAACUCGAGUAUCUGUCUUUGGUGUCGAAGGUUUGCACUGAGUUGAACAAUCACUUGGGGAUCAACGACAAGGAUCUGGCUGAAUUUGUGAUCAGUCUUGCUGAGAAAAAUACCACCUUUGUUACUUUUAAGACUUCUUUGGUCAAAAAUGGUGCAGAAUUCACGGAUUCUCUUAUCAGUAACUUGCUGCGUCUCAUACAAACCAUGCGGCCUCCCACAAAGCCUUCUACUAGCAAAGAUCCAGUUGUUAAACCCAAAACUGAGAAAGAAAAGCUGAAAGAACUCUUUCCAGUCCUUUGCCAACCAGACAACCCUUCUGUUCGGACCAUGCUGGAUGAGGAUGAUGUGAAAGUCGCUGUGGAUGUCCUGAAAGAACUGGAGGCUUUAAUGCCCAGCGCAGCGGGCCAGGAGAAGCAAAGAGAUGCCGAGCACCGGGACAAGGCAAAGAAGAAGAAGCGGAGCUGGAGCCGAGAAGGAGACCGUGAUAGAGACCACAAGCGGAGACACUGGUCCCGCUCUCGAUCACGUUCCAGGACUCAGGAGAGGAAUAAAGGGAAGUCUAGAUAUCUGUCCAGGAGCAGAAGUCAGAGUCCCCCCAGAGACCGGAAGGACCGAGACAAAUAUGGGGAGAGGAAUCUGGACAGAUGGCGGGAUCAGCACGUGGACCGCCCUCCCCCGGAAGAGCCUGCUAUCGGGGACAUUUACAAUGGCAGAGUUACCAGCAUCAUGCAGUUUGGAUGUUUUGUGCAGCUAGAGGGACUAAGGAAGCGGUGGGAAGGCCUGGUGCAUAUUUCUGAGCUCCGGCGGGAAGGCCGUGUCGCUAAUGUGGCUGAUGUGGUGAGCAAAGGCCAGAGAGUCAAGGUCAAAGUGUUGUCCUUCACUGGGACCAAGACCAGUUUGAGCAUGAAGGAUGUGGAUCAAGAGACUGGGGAAGAUCUAAACCCAAAUCGACGACGAAAUCUUGUCGGGGAGACCAAUGAGGAGACUUCUAUGAGGAACCCGGACAGACCCACUCACCUCUCCCUUGUCGGUGCCCCUGAAGUAGAGGAUGACUCGCUGGAGCGCAAGCGCCUUACCCGCAUCUCUGACCCAGAGAAGUGGGAGAUCAAACAGAUGAUUGCUGCUAAUGUUCUUUCUAAAGAAGAGUUUCCAGACUUUGAUGAAGAGACUGGCAUUCUUCCUAAAGUAAAUGAUGAAGAAGAUGAGGACCUUGAGAUUGAACUGGCUGAGGAAGAGCCUCCCUUCCUGAGAGGGCACACAAAGCAAAACAUGGACAUGAACCCUAUUGAAAUUGUUAAGAACCCAGAUGGCUCGCUCUCUCAUGCAGCCAUGAUGCAGAGUGCCUUGGCCAAAGAAAGGCGGGAGCUCAAGCAAGCCCAGCGGGAAGCCGAGAUGGAUUCUAUUCCCAUGGGACUCAACAAACAUUGGGUUGAUCCUUUGCCUGAUAUGGAAGGCAAGCAGAUUGCUGCCAACAUGAGGGGUAUCAGGAUGAUGCCCAAUGACAUCCCCGAGUGGAAGAAGCAUGCCUUUGGGGGCAACAAAGCUUCUUAUGGAAAAAAGACCCAGAUGUCAAUCCUUGAGCAGAGAGAGAGCCUGCCCAUCUACAAACUGAAGGAGCAGCUGAUCCAGGCUGUCCAUGACAAUCAGAUCCUGAUUGUUAUUGGAGAGACAGGAUCUGGGAAGACAACGCAGAUCACCCAGUACCUGGCGGAGGUGGGCUACACUUCCAGGGGCAAGGUUGGAUGUACCCAGCCCAGAAGAGUGGCAGCCAUGUCAGUGGCCAAAAGAGUGUCAGAGGAGUUUGGUUGUUGCUUAGGCCAAGAGGUGGGCUAUACCAUUCGAUUUGAGGACUGUACAAGCCCUGAAACAGUCAUCAAGUACAUGACAGAUGGGAUGUUGCUCCGAGAGUGCCUGAUUGACCCCGACCUCACGCAGUAUGCCAUCAUCAUGUUGGAUGAGGCGCAUGAGAGAACAAUCCACACUGAUGUGCUCUUUGGAUUGUUGAAGAAGACUGUUCAGAAACGGCAGGACAUGAAGCUGAUUGUCACCUCAGCUACCUUGGAUGCAGUGAAGUUUUCUCAGUACUUCUAUGAAGCUCCCAUCUUCACCAUCCCUGGUCGAACAUAUCCAGUGGAAAUACUGUACACAAAGGAACCUGAGACAGAUUAUCUGGAUGCCAGCUUGAUCACCGUCAUGCAGAUCCAUUUAACAGAACCACCAGGUGACAUCCUGGUCUUUCUGACUGGUCAGGAGGAGAUCGACACUGCCUGUGAGAUCCUGUAUGAAAGAAUGAAAUCCCUGGGACCUGAUGUUCCAGAGUUGAUUAUCCUCCCAGUGUACUCUGCUCUUCCCAGUGAGAUGCAGACAAUAUUUCUUCCAUUCACUUUGUCUAUGUUUGCCUCACUUGAACAAACUUUCCUGAAAUAUUGAGUAUUUCCUGGGUAAGGCUGUUAGAUGAUGUUUAACAGAUAUGUUACUUUUAUAUGCUCACUCCUCCAGGCUCAGGCAAAGCAACGAGCUGGCAGAGCUGGAAGAACAGGCCCAGGGAAGUGUUACAGGCUGUACACAGAACGAGCCUGCCGAGAUGAAAUGCUGACCACCAAUGUGCCAGAAAUCCAGAGAACCAACUUAGCAAGCACAGUGCUCUCGCUCAAGGCCAUGGGCAUCAAUGACCUUCUGUCCUUUGACUUCAUGAAUGCCCCACCAAUGGAAACCUUGAUCACAGCCAUGGAGCAACUGUACACACUGGGGGCCCUGGAUGAUGAGGGCCUGCUUACUCGCCUGGGCCGCAGGAUGGCAGAAUUCCCACUGGAACCAAUGCUGUGCAAAAUGCUGAUCAUGUCUGUGCAUCUGGGCUGCAGUGAGGAAAUGCUGACCAUUGUGUCCAUGCUGUCUGUGCAGAACGUUUUUUACAGGCCCAAAGAUAAACAAGCCCUUGCUGAUCAGGAGAAGGCCAAAUUCCACCAAACCGAAGGUGACCACCUCACCCUGUUGGCCGUGUACAAUUCUUGGAAGAACAACAAGUUUUCCAACCCAUGGUGCUAUGAGAACUUUAUCCAAGCUCGUUCUCUGCGCCGGGCCCAGGACAUUCGCAAGCAGAUGUUAGGCAUAAUGGACAGGUAACAUCUGGUGUCUUUUCCCCAUCUUUGAGUUGAACUUCCUUGAAUGUCGUGUCUGUUCAUCUCUGUAUGUACUGUGGAGCUACAGAUUCUUCGCAUAACUCUUUCUCCAGCUUUUCCAUUUUUGUUAUACUCCGCUCCACGAAAGGGGGCAGCUGAGAAUCACUUCAGAAUGUUCGUGAGAGCCCUGGCCAGUGUGGCUCGGUUGGUUGGAGCGUCAUCCCGUGCACCGAAGGGUUGUGGGUU